AGUAUCAAUAAAUAAUUCAAGAUCGCGUUUCGAAUUUGAAAUGAAUUAUUACUUUCCACAUCAACAAAAUACCAAAAUUGUGACAUAAAUUUACAAUGAAUUUCGGUGGUACGUUAAGACUAAACAAAUUCGCUUGUUUCACGUUAAUUUUCAUUCUGUUCCUCAUAGUUUAUUGGCGAUCGGGAAGUGCGGGGUAUCCCGCUGACAAAACGGAUUUGGUAAACAUAAAAUCGUUGCUAAAAGCUGCUAUUUAUGCGGCCGAGCAGGGUGGUAAGAAGGUUGCUGAGGGUAAGAACCAUGACUUGAAUAUAAAAAUUAAGGGAAAGACGCUGGAAGGGGCUAACGAUCCUGUAACAGACGCAGACUAUGCUUCUCACUGCACGAUGUAUUUUAGUCUAAAAAACACGUUUCCUAAGUUAAAUAUAAUUUCGGAAGAGCAUUCGAAAGAUGACCCGAAUUGCCAGAACCAGGGCAAGAUAGAUAUAGACUCAACACCCAAAGAACAUAGGAUAAUAGACCAUUUAAAUGAUGAACAUGUUUUUAUCAAAGAUGUGACUAUAUGGAUAGAUCCUUUGGACGCUACGCAAGAAUAUACAGAGGGUCUGUACAAGUAUGUAACAACUAUGGUGUGUGUGGCAAUCAAUGGAGUGCCAAUAGUUGGUGUGAUACACUACCCGUUCACAACUCGCACCUACUGGGGUUGGGAGACCAAGAAGACUUCCACCAACAUACCUAAUAUACAACAUAUGGAGGAAAACAAAGAGCAUCCCAGAGUAGUUGUGUCCCGUUCUCACCCAGGAAAAGUUUCUGACAUAGCCAAAGCAGCCUUCGGUAUCAAAACCACGGUUACCCCGGCAGCUGGUGCAGGAGACAAGGUCAUGGGUGUAGUUAACGGAGAAUUUGAUGUUUAUCUACAUGCAACGGCGAUCAAAAAGUGGGAUUUAUGUGCUGGCAAUGCAAUAAUUAAAGCGGUUAACGGUAAAAUGACAACUUUGAAGGGUAAGGACAUUGAUUAUUCUGCAAACAGUGCUGUUAAAAUAACGGAUGGUAUUCUUGUAACGAGGUAUGACCACGAGUAUUAUUUGAGUAAGUUGCCAAAUGACGUAGCUACUUCGUAAUAAUGUAUUGUUUUGUCACAGUUAAAAUUAGUUUUCAGUUUAAACUAAUAAAAACUAGCGCAGACUGAAAGCCUUUGUGUUUAUUUGGCAGUCCAGAAAGAAAUUCUAUCUUUUCAACUCUUGUCUGUCCUACCCCUAGUGAUUUUGUAAAAAACAGUAGGGCGCCCAUAGUGAAUCGCAUGUCGAGUGGGUGAAGCUGAAUGAAGGAAAAAUUGAGCGAGUCUUCUAUCAUCAUCCAUUUAAAAAUAAUCAGUGAGUCAGCUAGUUAAUCGAUCAGUCAGUCAGUUGACAAAUUAGUUAAUUGGAUAAAAAACAUGACUGAAUAAAUUUCUAGUUUCUAGCUAGCUGUUAUAACAAUGGCUUUCAGUCCAAACUAGUCUUUCCUAGUUUAAAUUGUAAAUGGAUGUAUGGGGUUAUGUAACCAUUUUAGUUUUAUGUAACUAGAAUUUCUAAUUGAUGAGGUCAUAAUAUGCAUCAGAUGUUAUAUUAAAUUUUUACUUUUACUGUCUAAAACAUUUGUUUUGUAGAUAUACGGAAUAUUGUAUACAGAUUAUUAUAUUUUGAAUAUAAAAUUAAUUAUUAAAUUAUAUUAUUAUGUAGAAUAA